AUGCUUCAUCUCUCGUGGAGUUAUAGCGCUGAUAUCUGGAAUGUCGGUGUCAUGAUAUGGGAUAUCUUUGAAGGCAAACAUCUCUUUAGGGGGCAAGAUCCGAAACGAGGCCGCUACACAACUCGUGCUCAUCUUACAGAACUGAUUUCCGUUCUCGGACCACCACCACUGGAGCUCAUCAAGCGGGGCGAGAGAUCUGCGGAGUGGUUCGACGGGAAUGGCAAAUGGCUUGAACCAGACGAGAAUGAGCCAGAACGCUUACCACUUUUGCCGUCUAGUAGUCUCGAGGCUGCGGAGGAGAAUCUCAACGGGAAGGAUAAAGAUCUAUUCCUCAACUUUAUUAAGUCGAUGUUGCAGUGGGAACCGGAGAAGCGAAUGCCGGCAAGGGAAUUGUUAAACGAUCCCUGGCUGACUAGGUCACAAGUAUGA